CUGCUGUCCUUUGCCUCUGUCGUCUGUCACGUCGUCCUCUUUCAUAAACGCACACGCUCACACUUCCACACCAGCAGCCAGGAUCAGGAAGUUCACAAGCAGACCGCAGUUGUUCUGCUGAGCUCUAAUGGUAAAAGUUGUCAAGGUUCAGGAUGUGUUUCGGUGACCACCCUCUGCGCAGACACCCCGCCGGCCUCCAAGCAAAACAAACACCGGGACUGGCUGUCCCUGCUCCGCCCGGCCUCUGUCAGCAGGCGGCCCAACAGCUCGCUCAGGUUCUCCCUGUCUCUGAAUGACGUGGGCCAGCGCGUGGACAGCCUUUGCCGCGGCCUGCACUUCAUAGAUCGCACGUGCUCUGAAGGGGAGCUGGAUGUGAAGCCCGAGCCCGCCGGGUGCCCUGGCUCUGGCCACAUGGCCCACACACUCGACGGCAAACUUGCCCCGGCCCCAGCCCACCAGAUCCCAAAGCCCCCCCUCUCGACACGCACCAACCCUCACCUCGUCCCCUCCUUCACCAACAAUUACAAAUACAUGUUGGGCUUCACCCCGUCCAGUAAUCUAUCAUCCGAACCUCCCGCCAUCACCCCUCCUUCUCCCAACGUUCACCUCCAGCCCCCCCCCACCCCGGGCUCCAACUUCCUCCGUCUCCUCCUCCCCUUCUCUCGCUCCUCUACCUCAGCCAGCCUGCAGUGCUCUGAGCUGGGCAGCUAUGCCUCCCAUCUCCACAUCACCAAGUCCUCUAGUGGCCUGCUAGAAGGCACAGAGUCAGGGUUUCCCUCCCAAGACCCACUGGGAGAUGACGACGUCUUUGAAGCCGAUCGGCCCAGAUCGGCUCAGAGGGGAACAGGCCAGCUUGCGUCCCCAGGAGCGGUCACUGUGGCCCGGCCGGGUGCUCUUCUAGCCCCUCUGUGCUAUAUGGAUGAGGACAGUGACCUGGAAUGCUGUUCAUCCCCCUUAUCAGAGAAAACAGGGCCACUCUCGCCCUUUUCCCUAUCCGGGGACUGCUGCAGGAUUUGUCACUGUGAAGGGGAUGACGAGAGUCCUCUAAUCACACCAUGCCACUGCACGGGGAGCCUGCGCUUUGUCCACCAGGCCUGUCUGCAGCAGUGGAUCAAGAGCUCUGACACCCGCUGCUGUGAGCUCUGUAAAUACGAGUUCAUCAUGGAGACAAAGCUCAAACCACUGCGCAAGUGGGAGAAACUACAGAUGACGGCGAGCGAAAGGAGGAAGAUCAUGUGUUCAGUCACUUUCCACGUCAUCGCCAUCACCUGCGUCGUGUGGUCACUCUACGUUCUCAUCGACAGAACAGCAGAAGAGAUCAAACUAGCCGGAAGAAUCCCAGGAAUCCUUGAAUGGCCGUUCUGGACCAAGCUGGUGGUUGUGGCUAUCGGCUUUACAGGUGGACUGGUUUUCAUGUAUGUCCAGUGCAAAGUCUACAUCCAUCUAUGGAAGAGACUCAAGGCUUACAACCGGGUCAUAUAUGUUCAGAACCGACCAGACACGUGUAAAAAGCUGGCGCUCGAGAAGCCGCCUCUUAUGGAGCCGAGUCUGGAGAACAAGGAGGCACUGGCCCCCACCCAGUCAGAUACAAACUCCUCCCAGUACACAGAGACAGAAGACUACAGCAUGGAGGUGCUCCAUGUCUGA